AGUAGGAGCAGUGGUAGAGCAUGUUAUGGUCUGUAUCCAGGGAAAAUCCUUUGAAGUCCUCAAUUGUUAUUCCUUUAGAAGGCAUUCCCUGUUGGCCCUGAGGGAAAGAGGAGUGGCUGGACUCACCACAAACAAGGAGGUGCUCUGCUGGACGAUCCAUUGUCGUUCCUCCAUCCACUUCCUGAAGUUUUUUCAAGCAUGAACUUUGUACGUAGCAGAGAUUUUCACAGCUGGAAAUCUGUAUGUGCAACCAUGAUGGAAUGUGGGCAAUUGCUAUGGUGGCUCCUUGGUACGACGCUUCUGUCUUUGGAACUAUGCAGAGCUCAGAUGUGUGAUGACUUCACAGAGCUGAGCAUCCAUCACUCCAUCAUAGGGACGAAACUACAGGUGAAGUUGCUGCUGUAUACACGUGCUAAUGGGAGCUGUGGUCAAGCCCUUUCCCACAAUGAUCCAUCAAUCCACCACCAGCUCAACACGAGCAGGCCAACCACUUUCAUUGUCCACGGAUAUCGACCCACCGGGUCCCCUCCUGUGUGGAUGACUGAAUUUGUAGAACUACUGCUAGCACGUGGGGACAUGAAUGUUAUUGUUGUGGACUGGAACCAUGGAGCUACAACCAUCAACUACCUUAAAGCUGUGGAAAACACACGUUUAGCUGCUAAAAACAUCACGGCUUUCAUCCAAAAAUUGCAGAAGCUUGGGGCUUCUCUCAGCUCCAUUCAUAUGAUUGGAAUCAGCCUUGGAGCUCACAUUUCUGGUUUUGUAGGAGCCAGUCUUAACGGAGACAUUGGCAGAAUUACUGCACUGGACCCAGCGGGACCCCAGUUCAGAGAUGCGCCUAUUGAUGAGCGACUGGACUCUGGUGAUGCUCAAUUUGUGGAUGUCCUACACACUGAUGUGGAUGCCCUGGGAUAUAGGGAGCCCAUUGGUCACAUUGAUUUCUAUGCCAAUGGAGGAGCUGACCAGCCUGGCUGUCCACAGACGAUCUUAUCGGGGACAGAAUAUUUUAAGUGUGACCACCAGAGGUCAGUGUUUCUUUAUCUCAGCUCCUUGAACAAGACUUGCCCACUCAUUUCCUACCCCUGUUCAUCAUAUGUGGAUUUUCUGAAUGCCAAGUGCUUGGCCUGUGAGCACUUUAAACCAUCUGGAUGUCCUGUAUUUGGUUAUGAUGUCAUCGCUUGGAAAGACACACUACCAAAACUUGGGCAGACAAAGGCAUUUUUUACAACAAACGAAGCGUCUCCGUUCUGCAAAUUCAUGUACAAAGUUGACAUUUUGACCUGGAACCAGGAAACAUGCUGGGGUUACAUCACAGUCAAACUACACAGCAAUGGACGACACACUGAAGCAAAAAUUAACCAUAAUUCCUCUAAAUUUGAGCAGUAUACAGACACCAGUCUACUAGCCCAGUUUGGAGAAGACCUUCAGCCAGUCCAUAAAAUCUCUGUGAAGUUUUGCACAGGAAAUGUGCUCAGGCCAGCAUAUAAACUACGCCUUCUCCGCAUUCGCCUCACUCCGCUGCAGAGCAACUCCAGGUCCUUGUGCCGUUAUGAUCUGCUUUUAGAGGAGAACAGAGACAUAACGUUUAGACCAAUUCCCUGUCAGGGGACCAAUUUCUGAAACACUCUCCAUACCUGGAUACAGAGAGCCUUUCCACCAGUGGCUCAAACAGUAACUUUAGCAAAGUAUAGGCAGUAAUAACACACUGCUCAUUAAGGUUGUCAUUUUUAAUUUUAAAUGUAGCUUUUGUGGCAUUUUUGUGUAACUCUAGACUUCAGUUAUGUGCUUAACUUCAAUUUCAAAGCCUUCACAGCUUGAGUAACAAAAGAAGAAGAAAAGUAAAAUGGGAAUUAAUAAAGGGAAUUCAGAAUGCAAACACAGGGAUACAGUGGCAUGGCCAAACGUGGAGAGGAGCACACAAGAUAAAAACCGCGAAGAUAGAAUCAUAAACCAUUUUACACAUUUUAC